AUGGGCAGUGAACCUUACCGUUGUUAUCCUCCGCUCGCAGACGACGCGUCGCCUGAGGACGAGCACACGGUUUCCUCGGCGAGCCUCUGCAUGUCGCCGAGCGACAAUGGCGUCGUCCCACUGUGCGCCUCCACACCGUACGGCGGCCGUCUGCACAACGGCUACGACGCGUUGGACAACCGCGAGAGGCGGCGCGUCGACAGCUGCGACACGAUCAACGGCAACGUGAACGUGCACAUUGUGUCGGAGUCUACAAACAGUAUGGACGUCCUCAGUGGCGGGGAGAGCGACGCCGGUGACACCUUGUCUAGGCGGAACAAUAACAGUAUAUCUUCGAGAAUCGCCUACGCGGGCGAGGCGCAGAGGCGGCGCGGUGACGUCACGUACUUCGUUGCCAAGGAGCUGCUGAUGACCGAGCGCACGUACAAACGCGACCUGGAGCUCGUCACCGUUACGUGGUCGCGCCACGUGGGCCGCGUGGCGUGCUCGGGCGCGGAGGGCGCGGAGGCGAGCGCUUUGGCGCGCGGCUGCCUCGCGCUCGAGCCGCUCGCGCUGCCCGCCGGCGCGCUGCUCGCCAGGCUGGACCGCGCGCUCGCCGCCGCCGCCCCGCACGCCCGUCACGAGCUGCGGACGAGUUUUGAUUGCCUGCUGACCACUUUCUUGCCGCCGUUCUAUGAUGAUAACGAAGAGCCGGAGUACAAGAAAAUUGCAGACCUGCUGUACGACUAUUUGUCAAACAUUUACGAUGCAUACGAGCAGUACGCUCUGGGCGUGGGCGCGCUGGUGGCGUUGGUGGAGAGCGCGCGGCGGCGGGGCGGGGCGGGGGCGCGCGCGGCUGCCGAGUUCGACGCGGCGGCGCCGCUGCCCCUGGCCACGCUGCUGCUGCGCCCGCUGCACCGCGCGCUGCACCUGAGGCGGCUCGCGCACGCGCGCGCGCACACGCCGCGCUCGAGCUGGCGACGGGCAUGGCUGCCCUCGCGCUGCAGCAGCUGCCCCACGUCGAGGAACCACAGCGCCCUCUGCCAGGUGCAGCGCGACCUCGUCGGUUACGACAAGCUGCUGGUAGCAGAGCGUGAGUUCAUCCGGCUUGGAUGUCUGUACAAGCACUCGGCAAGAGGUCUUCAGCAACGGAUGCUAUUCUUGUUCAGCGACCUGUUGGUGGUCGCUUCCAAGUGGUCCAGCUGCCAGUUCCGCGCGCACCUCGUGAUGCCACUCCACCAGCUGCAGCUUCUGCCCGCCGACUUGCCGCACUCCUUCACGCUUUCCGGGCCCGAGGCGUGCGUGACGCUGAGCGCGGGCGGCGAGCCCGAGUGCGCGGGCUGGUGCGAGGCGUUCGCGGCCGCCAUCGAGCGCGCGCGCGAGCGGCCCACGCACGUGGACGCCGAGCUCAGCGGCUGCCGCGCGGACGGUCCGGAAUCGGGCGGUGCGGGCUCGACGGGCGCGGGGGGAGCGCUCGCCUUCGUGUGCUGGCACCGGAACGCGUCGCUCACAAGGCACCACCUCAACCUGGCAAUGAGGACCCAACUUUCGGGCUACUUGCUGCGCAAGUUCAAGAACUCGCACGGCUGGCAGAAGCUUUGGGUGGUGUUCGCCGCUUUCACGCUGUUCUUCUACAAGAGCUGGCAGGAUGAGACGCCCCUGGCGUCGCUGCCCCUACUAGGAUACAGCGUGGGCUCUCCAUCGGCCCGAACGACGGCAUCGACAAAGAGUUCGUGUUCAAGCUGCAGUUCAAGAACCACGUGUACUUCUUCAGGGCGGAUAGCCACUUCACCUACAGCAGAUGGA